UUGUGAUGAAAUAACCGUUAUAUCGGGACAGAACUCUCACAGUCACUUGUGAUUGCCCAACAAGCAAUCAGAUAUUUGCAACAGACUGAUAGAAAGUUGCGUCUUUUACCAUAACGGACAGCUCAGGAAAAAUAAUUGGCAGACCUCAACAGGGCUUUCAGAUGGCUUCUUACUAUAGUAAUCCUUCUGACUAUGGACAAAGCUAUGGAGAGUUUGACCCUCAGAGUAUACCAUAUCCUCACCCAGUGAACUUUCCACCCCCUCCAGUUCACAACCCUGCUAUGUUUCCUCCUCCCCCAGGGCAGUUUUUUGUGCCAAAUUUAAACAACUUUCAAACACAGUAUUAUGGAGAUCAAGGAAUACAAAGGCAAAUGUCUCAAUCUGAUAAUAAUCCUCAGGGUCUAGGACAAAUGUCAGGAAAUAACAAUGCUUAUCACAACAACCAAAUGAAGCAAGACAGAAGAAAUCAGAAUCCGAACAGUGCUAGAGGCUAUAGACCUCAAUCUGCUAGGGGUCAAGGUCACAGAGGGGGUCACAAUCAAGGUUAUAGAGGAAAUCCUAGUCAAGGCUACAGGGAAGGUCAGACUUCUGGAUAUGAAUGGGAGAAUGGUCAGGGAUAUGAAAGAGGGCAAGGAUAUAGAAGAGGUCAGAGACAUGAGAAACUUCAAGGUCAUAGGCUUGAGAGAGGUCAAAGGUCGGAAAAGUAUGGAUCAGUUAAAGAGAGAGAUCAACCUCUUAAACAAAACAAGGAAGAAAGUGGAAAAGUAAAAGACAAUGCAGAUAAAGAAAAUGAAAAACAAAGUGAGAAUGAAAAAUUAUACCAGGAAAAAUCUAGUAAAGAUCAGAAUUUAGAAGAAGAAAAAGCAGAUGUAAAAGAAAAGAAGAUUAAAAGUUACAAGUCUGAUCAAGAUUUUUUUGAAAAGAAUUUUGCAGCAUUCAGUAGCAAAGAAGCCGAUAAUCCAAAAUCUAGUAUAAAGAAUGAAAGAAAAAGGCAGCAAGGCAAUAAAGGUGCAGAGAGGCCUAAAAGUGCACAGGAAAGAUCUGAAAAAAGUCAAAACCAGUAUAGGGAUUAUAGGCAUAGUCCAAGAGAAAAUAAACCUAAUUCUGAUUAUAGAGGGAAUAAGUAUGAUUCAAGAGAUGACAACAGAGAAAAUAAACAAAGUCAAAAAAAGAGGGAAAAUCGUCAGGAACAAAGAAAUAGUCCCAGAGACUACCCUAGUCAAUAUGACAGUAAUAAAAGACAUGAUCGCUAUGACGAUGAUAAAUAUAGGGCAGAUUACCCUAGUCAAUAUGACAGUAAUAAAAGACAUGAUCGCUAUGACAAUGAUAAAUAUAGGGCAUCUGCUAAGGAUAUCCUAAUAAGGAAAAUAGAAAAUAGUGCUAGUGAAAGAAAAACUGCUAACAAAAUAUCUAAUAAGUCGGAUAGUUUAAUAUCUCGGCGUGAUGCGGAGGCUAAAUUUAGGGAUAUAGAAGAGGAUAGGAGUCGUAAAGAUUCUGAAUCUGUGAGCGAGUAUAGUGAUCACGACUCAGGGAAAUGGACAUCUCAGGAUAAUUUAAGUGUUAAUGAAAAGGAAAGGAAAAACACAUCUAGUUAUAAUAAUUAUAGAGCAACAGGGAAUCAAGGCCAGCAGCCAUAUUAUAAGGGUCAGAAAAAGCCACGAGUUUUCAGAACGUCGUCAGGAAAAGUGGAUGAAAGUCAAAGAGCUCUGCUGAUUGAACAGCUGACUAUGGGGACCUACGAGUGUAUGGUGUGCUGUGAAACAAUCCGCGGACAGAAUGCAGUGUGGAGCUGUAAUGGAUGUUAUCACAUCUUCCAUCUCCGCUGUAUAAAAACCUGGGCCAGGUCCCCUACCGCCAGGGUGGAGGGGUCAGACAAUGGCUGGAGGUGCCCUGCUUGUCAGACCACAACAGAGAAAUUCCCAAACCAGUACAGGUGUUUCUGUGGAAAAGUCCGAGAUCCGGAGUGGAACAGAAUGGAGACUCCACACAGCUGUGGAGAGGUGUGCCGGAAAAUCCGCUCCAUCAACUGUAAACACAACUGUAACAUACUGUGUCACCCAGGACCCUGCCCUCCGUGUAACGCUGUGGUCCCCCGCCAUUGUCUGUGUGGGAAAACCAGUCAAUCCACGAAGUGCAGUAGUGUUGAGGUCUUCAGAUGUUCUAGUGUCUGUGACAAACAGCUGAACUGUGGUAAACACUUCUGUAAGGCUGUGUGUCAUGACGGCCAGUGUGAACCCUGUCAGGAGGUCAUCAAACAAGAGUGCUAUGGGAGUCAUGAAACAAGGGAGAUAACUUGUGGGAGCAGUGAGUCCUUUACAGAUUCUUUUUGCUGUGGAAAGACGUGUUCCAAGAAGCUGAACUGUGGAAACCAUGAAUGUAAGGAGGUGUGUCAUGAAGGCCCCUGUCAAUCGUGUCUGCUCCUCCCCGAGGUCAUAAAGACCUGUCCCUGUGGGGCCAGGGAUCUGAAAGACCUAGGAUCCACCCCCAGGCAGUCCUGUCUCGACCCCAUACCCACCUGUGGUAACAAGUGUGGGAAACCUCUGAAGUGUGGCCCAUCUAAGAAACCCCAUAUUUGUGAGCGGAAGUGCCAUGAGGGCCCAUGUGGACCAUGUGACCUGACAACAGAAAUGACGUGUCGCUGUACCAAGUUCAAAAAAGAGUUCCCAUGUACCGAAGUCAUGAAGCUACCAGAUCGAGUAUUUCUGUGUGAGAGGAAAUGUAACAAGCUACGAUCCUGUCAAAGACACAAGUGUGGACAACAUUGUUGUGUGUCAGAGGAUCACCCUUGCUCAUUAAUCUGUGGGAAGAAGCUGCCCUGCGGUCUACACAAGUGUGAAGAACUCUGUCACCGAGGAAAAUGUCCACCUUGUCUGAUGGCCAGUUUUGAUGAGCUGACUUGUCGCUGUGGGGCGGAGAUCAUGUAUCCCCCGAUUCCCUGCGGGACGAAGCCUCCAGAAUGUAAACAGAUUUGUAGCCGGGUCCAUUCCUGUGAUCAUGAAAUCCAUCAUCGCUGUCACAGUGAUGAGAAUUGUCCCCCUUGUACGUUCCUAACAGAGAAAUGGUGCAUGGGAAAACAUGAGCUCAGAAAGAAUAUUGCUUGUCACCGUGACAACAUUUCAUGUGGGUUACCCUGCAACAAAGUGUUACCAUGCCAACAACACAAGUGUACAAAAGUCUGUCACAGUGGUCCCUGUCAGACAGAGGGGGAGAAAUGUAAACAACCGUGUCAAAUAAAACGGGAAAACUGUGACCAUCCAUGUGCAAAUCCCUGUCACUAUGGCAACCCAUGCCCAGCCAAUCCAUGCAAAGCAAAGGUUAAGAUCAAGUGUAGCUGUGGAAACAGAGAGGCGACAGUCUCCUGUCAAUCAUUGGAUAGCCCAGAGUUCAAAAGUAUGCAGACACUAGCCACGCCUCUGGGUUCAGGACAGAGUGUUGAUAUUUCUCAUCUGACCUCACAGAAAAAGGCCAGAAAACAAAAAGUGCUGGAAUGUGAUGCUGAUUGUGCUCUGAUUGAGAGAAAUCGACGACUCGCCUUGGCCCUAGAGAUCAAAAACCCUGACCUACAGGCCAAGCUGGGCAGCCCCUCCUACUCCGAAUUCCUCAGGGAUUUCACCAAAAAAAAUCUUCAUAUUGUGUCAAGUGUGGAGAAAAGUUUCAAUGAUUUGGUACAAAAUGCCAAAAAGGCAAAACAAGCCUAUCGAUCUCAUUCCUUCCCGUCAAUGAACCGUGACCAGAGACGACUGAUCCAUGAAUUGGCCGAGUGUUACGGGUGUGAGACCCAGAGCUACGAUUACGAACCCAAUAAAAAUGUCGUCGCAACUGCUUACAAAGACAAGUGUUGGUUACCCACCGUGACCUUGACUGCUUAUGUACAGAGGGAAAUGCAUCCCAAGGCUCCAACUCCCAUCCCCCACAGACACAAUGAAACAGAAAUCAGAGAAUCUGCCCUGGCUGCCAAGCAGAGUUUUGAGGUGUUGAAGGAUAAACCUAUUGAAACAGUACAGAGGUCCAACAACUCAAAGGACAAGGCCAGUGGCUCUAAAGUGAUCGAUUAUUUUGACUUUUCUACACAAUAAAACAUAUUGCCCUCUCUAUCUGAAAAUGACUUUUCAACACCGUAAGACAUGCCCUCUAUAUUGGAAGAUGCUGACUUGUCAACACAAUAAGACAUAUUGCCCUCUCUAUCUGAAGAUUCUGAAAUUUAUUUUAGGGAUUUUUUUGUUUGUUUGCUGAAACAUUUUUUGUUCAUCUAUAUGCAAAUCAUGGAUUUUUGUUUACUUUUAUGUUUUUUUUGAAAGAAUUUUUAUUCAAAUUUCUCCUAC